CCCAGGAGACACAGCCUUAUAAACAGCAGAGCCAAGAACUGGGAGGGAAGUGGAAGCCAGACAAAACAAAACUUUGAGAGGACUCCGCUAGAGCAGAUCAGGCACCAUGGCUACCUUGCCACCCGCAGACAGCCCGCCUGGGCAGCCCUUGAGCCCUGAGGACGAAGAGGCCAGCUUGGAUGAGUACGAUCUUUAUAGCCUGAGCCAUCCCUAUGUGGCUGGUGGAGGCCGGAAAGGACGCACCAAAAGAGAAGCAGCUGCCAACACCAACCGCCCUAGCCCUGGUGGGCACGAGAGGAAGCUGGUGACCAAGUUCCAGAACUCAGAGAGGAAAAAGGCUCAGCGCUGAGUUGCUUAAAGGUGAUGAGACAGCGGUUACAUACAGAUGAGGCUAGCCAUGAACACUGCACCCACAGUGGAGACCGGACCGUGAGGAAAUGAGGACCUGGGGGACAGGAGCCAGCCUCAGCUUCGUGUCCCCCCACCCCCCCGUACCCCACUCCCAAGACAUCCCACCUGAGUAAGGACCCAAGGGGGGGUGGCGCACAUCAGAAGCACCUGUAGGCCCAGCAAAAGAAUAAGAGGCAGAAUGAACGAGAGAGUGAAGAAGUACUCUCCAAAAAAGAAACUGAAGACACUGGAGCCCCCAGCGCAGCAGCAACAAUAAACAAUUUCAGCAGCUGCGUGUA